AUGGACAUAAUUUACCAAUAUGGGAAAAUACGCAGCAAUUACGGUCGUCAGCCAAUGUUUUGUGAGUUUGGUCCAGAGCUGUGCGACACUAUCCCCGUAAAUGUCCUCGAACACAAACAGUACAUCUUGAGAAACCCGGUGCACAGUGCUGUACAGCAUGGGCCUAUAUUCUCACAGCAAGAGAUCAAUACCAUUCGGGCCGAGUACACAACCACUGGUAUUAACCACGCCGAGGGUGGCUGGCCAAAAGACGUUAUCGUCACCGACCCGGAGUCCACUCAGAGAUAUCGCCGCAAGACGGAGAAGGACGAUGGCUACAUACAUUGCGUGAUGUCAACCGCUCCGGCACUUGAAGGUCUCAUUUUGCAAAACAAUGCAAUCGAUAUGUACCAAAUAUAUUAUAACGAAAUGCCAAGAUUACCCGAUGUGGAACGUAUGAGUUGUCGUACAGUGAACGUGUAUCGCGAUGGAGGCGACGCACCGUCAGCGCCCCAUAGACCGGUUUCUUCUAUUUGUUGGCGGCCGGACGGUAACAUAUUCGCCGUUACAUAUCUCGACAUGGAUAUCAACCGAAAUGUGCGUGCGCCUAUUAACGCAUCCAUUUGGGACAUUGAAAAUGCCAAUGCACCAAUAGCGGUACUGACGCCAGACAAUGCCUUGUUGGAUUUACAGUUUAAUCCGCGCCACUCUGAUAUAAUCGCUGGCGGAAUGCUGAGCGGACAGGUGGCAGUAUGGGAUCGCCGCACAGCCAGUCCGGCCGCAAGCAUUACGUGCCCACCGCACGUGGCGCACCGCGACUACGUGCGCCACGUGCGCUUCAUCAACGCAAAGACUGGGAUGGAGUUUUUCUCAGGUGGACCCGACGGUGCUUGCAAGUGGUGGGAUAUCCGCAAUAUGAGCGAAUAUACUGAUCAGAUGAUCAUCCAAGUGUGUUCGUCCUCUAAUGAACAACCAACCAUGGCAAAAGCCUUGGGGAUAAGCUGUUUAGAGUUCGAGCCGACUAUCCCUACGCGCUUUAUGGUUGGCACGGAGAACGGAAUAGUUGCGUCUGGGAACAGAAAAGGAAAAACUUCAACAGAAAAGAUCCCUUUCCAGUAUGAAACUCACUUGGGUCCAGUGAGGACAUUAGAGCGAAACCCAGGGUUCUUGAAGAAUUUCCUGACUGUAGGCGACUGGACGGCGCGCGUCUGGAGCGAAGAGUGUCGUGAGUCAGCUGUUAUAUGGUCGCCACCGCAUCGCCAUAAAAUUACACACGGUGCGUGGAGCCCCACCAGGUUAUCGCUCAUAAUGCUGGUGCAGGCCAACGGUGUGUUAGCGCUGUGGGACAUACUGCGGCGCCAGUAUGAGCCCGUUCUCACCGUGCAGGUGUGCGAGGAGCCGCUGGUGCAGAUAAAGCCGCACGAUUUGGGGUCGUUGAUAGCUUGCGGCAGCGUUAAAGGCAAUAUUUACAUGAUGGAAGUGUCGAACAGCCUCGCCCAAUCGGCGAGACACGACAAGGGGCUGAUGACAGCGAUGUUUGAACGCGAAGCCAAACGCGAGAAGAUCCUUGAGGCUAGGCUGCGUGAAAUCCGCCUCAAGUUGCGCACUGGAGAGGAGGGGGAACCUCUGGUGGCAGUGACCUCCUUGCUGGACACUACCAUUGGCGACAAAGACCUGCACGAGGCGACAGCUGAAUACUUCACAAUAGCCAAAAAAGAGAUAGCCUCCAUGUAA